AUGACAAGAUUUACGAUUUUUGCUGCUGUUUUCGUUUUGCUUUCAUUUGUUGCUGGUAAGUUUUGGCUGUGGUAAAAAUUAGAUUUUCAGAAAAAUAACGUUUUGAUCAAAGUUCCAUUAAAAUUUCGGUUUUUUAAUGGAAAUAAAUUUUCAAAAAAGAAACCAAGUACAACUUUUUAAAUCUAAUUCUAGAACUUCCCACAAUUAACUAGAGUAAAUUUUUGUAAGAACAUCUACUUUUUAGACACAUAAUUUUACCUCCCGAAAAUCUAAAAGUUCAAUUUACACUUCAAACCAAAAAGCACUUUGCCCACUCAUCUUUAAAAUAAAAUAAUAAAUUAUCUCUUGAAAAUUUCAUAUCACUACGAAUUACAAAUUUUGAUCAACCUUGAACGCAGAAACCUGAUUUUUGAAAUGAAUCAGAACAUUGACCUUUUUAUAGACCAAUUAAAAUAAAAGUCAAUUUGAUUUCAGUUUCUGAUGCUGUUCCUUGCACAUUCAUCACACCUGGUCAACAAAUAACCUAUGGAGUUCGGGACGGUUUGGUGCAUUUCAGAGUUGUUCUAACUGGCAUCUCACCAAAUACUUCAGGAUGGACAGCAAUUGGUUUCGGAAACAGUAUGGUAAGAAAGAAAAAAAACGCAAAAAAUUUUGACCCAGGCAGGGAUCGAACCUGCAAUCUUCUGAUUAGAAGUCAGACGCCUUAUCCAUUAGGCCACAAGGCCACAGAAAAAUACACACAUAUUCUUUCUUUUACUCUCGUUGUCUGCACUUUUUCUGUGCUGUGCUUAGUGUGUCUAUGUUUGUUUGAUGAGAGAUGGAUGUGGGGAAAAAUAGACAGGAACAAUAGUCUUUAUGAAUGUGAAAUGUGUGAAGCAUAGGUGAUUUAUUAUUGUCGCGCAAGUUUUUUGGCAACAUUUUUGUGUCGAAAAAGUGUAAAAAAUUUUUGGGUGAUGUUAAUGAUCUCUUAUAAUAACAUAGGGGAAAGUUAUGUAGAUCAAAAAAACAAAAAAAAUAAGGGAGUUUUCCGAAAAUUAUGAUUUUUCCAGUUCUCUGGUUUGGAUACCAUCGUAAUUCGAGUUCUCAAUGGAAGAGUUUACGUAACUGAUGAAUAUGUCAGAGGAUUCACAUCACCAACUCCAGACAGAGUAAGCUUUUGAAAAAAAAAACGUUCAUGAUUUAUCAUACAGAAAAAUAACCUUGAUAGCCGUAUCAAAAAAAAAUCGAAUAAUUAUUGUAAUAUUUUUGCAGACCAACAAUGUUCAAGUCUACGGUACAAGAUAUGAAAAUGGUGUUGUAGUUGCCUCAUUUUCUCGUUCUAUUUUCUCGACUGAAGCAAGUGAUGCUAACUUAUCUGGAUGUUCACCUUGGAAAUUCUCGACUGGAUUGAAUCGAAUGAGUGGACAAGGUCAUUUAUUCCACCAUUCACAAACACCUGUCCAUAGACAAGUUUGCAUUCAACAAUGUACUGUUUAG